AUGAAUGAUUUAUUCAUUGAAAGUGAUGAGGAAAUAGAUAUACAAGAACCACCAUUGAAGAAACAAAGAGUUGAAGAUGAGAAGGACGUUUCAGAUUUGGAUUCAUUGAGUGAUUCAGAUUUUGAAGAUGUCUUUUUGCAACCUUUACAACAACAUUCGUCACUGGGUAUUACUCCACAAUCAGAAUUUAAUAUAUCAAUUCAAUCUAUAGACAAAGAAAAGAGAGACAAAUUAAGACAAUUGAUCAAGAAAAAACAACAAAGAAUAAGCCUACAUUAUUUAAGUAUUGUUUCAUACAUUUUGCAUGCUAGGCAAAGGAAUCAACUUUUGUCAAAUAAAAAAAUUCAGAAAUCAUUAAAAAAUUUACUACCUGAUUCAUUUCUCAAGCAUUAUAAAAAGUACAAGAAACAACCAGAUGAUAUCAAAUUCAUUUAUAUUUUAAAAUAUGUUAUUAAAUGGUUUAAAAAAAAUUUCAAGUGGGAUUCGAAUGGUUUAAGAGUGUUAGGUUAUUUACCAAAGAAAUAUAAAUCAACCACGGAUUUUUUCCCAAACAACUCAAAAUGUAUUGGUGAUUCAAAGGAUUUGUUACAAGUGAUCAAAAAAUUUCAACAUAACAGAGAUACUGGAGCCCAAUUGUUUACUGCAUUAUUAAGAAGUUUAGGAUUUGAAGCACGUCUUGUUUUUUCAUUGCCAGUUUUAGAUACUAAAAAGCAAACAAAAUUACAGCCGAAACUUAAUCAAAAAAUCAUAGAGGUGAAUAAAGAUAAUGAUUUAUUAUAUCCUUAUUUUUGGACUGAAGUCAUUAAUCCACAGGAUCCAUCUGAAGUUUUAGUUCUAGAAACACAAGCAUUCCUCGAAGAGUCAAAACAAUUAAUUAGAUUAAAGAAAUAUUAUGGUAAUGUUGGAAAUUCAUACACUGAUGUUUUUGAACCAAUAGCAAAUCAAUUUUGCCAAAUGUCAAUGCAUUAUGUUCUUAGUUUCACCAAUGAUAAUUUGAUUUUAGACGUUAGCUCCAGAUACAUGAAAAAUAUAGCAUAUAGAUGGUUCAAUAGACUAGACUUACGAACGGAGCUAGGGAGAGCUGCUUUGUUGAUACAAUCAGUCAUCCGAUCACUCAAUUCCACCAAAAUAUAUACUGAUCAAUUAAACUUAGAAUUAGAUAAUCUCCGUUUGAUUGCAAUGGAGAAUUAUACAAUACCUAAAACAUAUUCAGCAAUGAGAAGGAGUCCCAAUUUUAUAACACCAUCAACUUUGAGGUACAAUGAAGUUAUAAUGCCUGGAGCAACCCCUAUUAAAAAAAUCAAGUUGGAUAAAUUGAAGGAACCUGUCUAUUUCAAAAAUUUUAUAACUGUUGGAAAGUCAGAACAACAAUGGAAAUUUGUGGGAAGAUCAAUAAGACCAGAAGAAAUUAACAAACCAAUAAAAUUGACAAAGGCAACGCCGAGGACAAUCUACAACAAAAGAGUGUUCAAUUUAAAUAAAGAGACAAAUCCAGAAUUGAACAGUGUUAAAUUAUUUUCAUUCGCACAAACUUGUCCAUACAUGAAAUUAAAAGUAGAAGGUGAUACAAUACCAAGAAACAAAUAUGGAAAUAUUGAAAUCUUUAGACCUAAUAUGAUACCUGAUGGUUGUAUUUGGUUAAAAUUAUCGAAUAUAGAAUCUAUAUUACUGAAAACAUUUGCAAAUUUCGUUCCAGUUGUUGUUGGUUUCGCAUUCAAGUCAGGUCAGGCAUACCCUGUUAAAGAUGGUGUAAUUGUGUUGAACAAAGAUGAAGUUGGAAUAAAAAAGCUAUGGCUUUCUGCGACUUAA